AUGUGCGGCAUGAAACCAGGAGAUCGCCGUUCUGGACUGUCCCAGCAGGUGAUCCAAACGCAGCUCCCGGCACAUGUACGAUACGCUUGUACGCAUCUUGUACAUCAUCUGGAGCAAGCCAAAAUGAAGGUGAAAGACAACGACGAGUUCCACCAGUUUAUCAAAGUUCAUCUUCUCCACUGGCUCGAGGCUCUCAGCAUUCUGGGUCAACCGGGAAAAGCGAUUGAUUUAGCCGACAGAUUAGUGAGAGUAGUUGAGGUGUUCGACUUUCUCCAGGAUUCAGACUCAUUCGCUUUCAACCACAUGUCGACCUUUUCCCAAUAUCCCCUCCAGUUGUAUUGGUCCGCACUGUCAUUUUCACCAACGGCAAGCAUAGUACGGCAGACGUUUCACGAUUGCAUCCCGAAAUGCAUCGCUUUCCAAACAUCGCACGAGACAUCCUGGCCUCCUCUGAUACGCUCAAUGAUUCCAGAGGGCGACCCCGAAGUAGACUAUAAGGAGUUGAAGAUUUCGUCUCUGGCUGUUUCUCCCGAUUCGAGUCUAGUCGCAGGCGGGUAUCAUUACAACAUGAUUCAGAUUUGGUCAAUGUCGACCGGCGAACCUUUGCACAGGAUCUUUCUCGACACUAUUGAAAAUGACGACAACGGGCAUCAAUGCCAUUCCGUCUCAAUUCUCGUCUUCUCAGGAGACUCGAAGCACUUGAUAACAACAUCUUUUCAAAUGCAAUGUUUCCACAUCUACAAGACAGAAUGCGGGUCGCUUGAACGCAUCAUUUCCAAUAUGGACGGGGAUGUGUGCCAUAUCGACGCGUCCCUGGAAGGAGACAUUUUCGCCUCGGCGCACGAGGCCGGUGCCGUUGCUCUGUGGUCCAUAUCGACUGGGAAACGACUUCGAUUGCUACUGUCGCCAGCCAACAGCAUCGCGGAAAGCCCCACGACAACAAGUCCCGAAUAUGUUGGGUUUUCAGCAGAUUCUCGAUCCGUGGCAGCGAUUUUCUUCAAUGACGAUGAAACCUGCAUCUGGGAUACGACCACUGGUCACCUCGUUCGGACCAUCCAACGCAACAAGCCCUACAUAACGUCACAUACCCACUUUUGGAACACCCCCCCAUUUGGAACACCUAAAAAUGAAGCUAUCCUAACAGCACUACUAUCUUUAAUUAAUUACUGAUUAGGCCUAGAUGCUACUACAAUACAGCUUUUAGCUUUACUAGGGUAUUUAGAGUCGCU